UUUUUUUUUUUUUUUUUUUAAUGAUGUGCCAAAGUCUUACUUCGACUUAUUUCUAUUUGGAUACAAGUAAUUAAAAUCCCAACUUCUCCUACCUUUAUUGAACUUUUAUAGUUCAGUUUAUGCGAGAGAUAAACUUCGGAAAACUACAGCUGCAGUUCGGUCCAUCAUUUAGCCUAUAAUUUAGUGCAAUACCUGCAGGUUAAAAAAAGAAAAAGAAAAGAAAAAAAAAGUUGGUGCAGUGCACGUUCCGUUCUAAAGAAAGGCUGAAAUCGACUUGAACUUUCCCGGACGCUCGUCGCAAUGCUCUUCGGGAGUUUGGACCUGGUGUCUGCGCUGGCCACGCUGGCCGCGUGCUUGGCCUCAGUGGCGCUCCUGAUCGCUGUGUCUCAGCAGCUGUGGCAGCUCCGCUGGACCGCCACGCGGGACAAGAACUGCAAGUUGCCCAUGCCAAAGGGCUCCAUGGGCUUCCCUAUCAUCGGCGAGACGUGCCACUGGCUGGUCCAGGGUGCGGGGUUCCAUGCUUCGAGGAGGCAGAAGUACGGUAACGUGUUUAAAACUCACUUGCUUGGCCGUCCAGUGAUCCGGGUGACGGGAGCAGAAAAUGUGCGGAAGGUACUCAUGGGGGAACACACUCUGGUGAGCGUGGACUGGCCUCAGAGCACCAGCACCCUUCUAGGACCCAACAGCCUUGCCAAUUCCAUCGGAGACAUCCACCGCAAGAAGAGGAAGAUCUUUGCUAAAGUCUUCAGCCAUGAAGCGCUAGAAAACUACUUGCCUAAGAUCCAGCAAGUUAUCCAGGAGACGCUACGUGUGUGGAGCUCCAACCCAAGGCCCAUCAAUGUGUACCGUGAGUCUCAGCACAUGUCCUUUCAGAUGGCUGUCCGUGUGCUCCUUGGUUUCCGCAUUUCAGAAGAAGAGAUGCACUUCCUUUUCCACACCUUCCAGGAGUUUGUGGACAAUGUUUUUUCAUUGCCCAUUGACUUGCCCUUCAGUGGCUACAGAAAGGGCAUUCGUGCAAGGGACACCCUUCAGAAGGUCAUAGAGAAAGCCAUCAGGGAGAAGCCACUGUGUACACAGGGGAAGGACUAUUCUGAUGCCCUGGAUGUGCUUCUGGAGAGUGCCAAAGAGAAUGGGACAGAGCUCAGCAUGCAGGAGCUUAAGGAGUCCACCAUUGAGUUGAUCUUUGCUGCCUUUGCCACCACGGCCAGUGCCAGCACCUCUCUGAUCAUGCAGUUACUGCGGCACCCAGCUGUGUUGGAGAAGAUGCGUGAGGAACUGCGCAACUGUGGCCUUCUGCAUGAUGGUUGCUUGUGCCAGGGUGAACUGCAGCUUGACACCAUCUGCAACCUCAAGUACUUGGACUGUGUCAUCAAGGAGGUUUUGCGUCUCUAUGCACCAGUGUCAGGGGGCUACCGCACUGCCAUGCAGACCUUCGAACUUGACGGUGUGCAGAUUCCUAAGGGUUGGAGUGUUAUGUACAGCAUCCGAGAUACUCAUGACACAUCGGCCGUUUUUAAGGAUGUGGCGACAUUUGAUCCUGAUCGCUUCAGUGCAGAACGCAGUGAGGAUCGUGAGGGCCGCUUUCAUUACCUGCCCUUCGGUGGUGGUGUGCGCUCAUGCUUGGGGAAACAGCUGGCCACGCUCUUCCUUAAGUUGCUGGCUGUGGAGCUGGCCGGGGGGAGCCGCUUUGAGCUGGCCACGCGGACGUUCCCACGUCUGAUCUCCGUCCCUGUGGUCCACCCUACUGAUGGCCUCCGAGUCAAGUUCUUUGGCCUGGACUCCAACCAGAACCAGAUAAUGUCCAAGACAGAUGAGAUGCUGGGUGCCACUGUGUGAGAGAAGAAAAGGGGACGAAGUGCAUGAGAGAGUUAUUUUUUAACAGUUAUGGUUAAUGUUGUUGUUUUUUUUCAAGCAGCAAAAAUCUAGCGAGUUGAGAGAGACACUCUUCUUUUUGUUUCAAGAUGUCACUUUUGUUUGCCAAAAAUGUACAGUCUAUCUUUUUCUAUAAAAAUGUAAAAAGAAAAAAGAAAAAAAAAGGCAUAAUUAAAAAAAACACCCAUAAAUAUAAUGCAGAGACCAUUAAAUGAUGCUAAGACCAUUAAGUUGCUGUGAGAGGGAGGGCACAAGAUGAAAGAAUGUUAAAAGGAGGACUGGAAGUUUCAAAAAGAAAGAGGGAUGUUAUCUGUGUCCAGCUAAGUAGAUAUCACAGGGUAUGGGCAAGUUUGUGCUCACAGUGAAGUGAGGACACAAAGAAUCAUUCUUAUUAUAGCCUGAGGUCUAGUACAGUAUUUUUCAGGGUUUGUGUGUGUGUGUGUGUGUGUGUGUGUGUGUGUUUGUGUGUGUGUCUAUUUGGAGGGGUGGGGUGGCUUCACGCAUGUAGGAAUGUAGAAAACAGUGUAAGCUAGAAAGAAUCAGAGGAGGGUGUAAUUACUCAGGUGUGUAAGUAAAAUAAGAGGACUGUCUAGACUAACCCAAUAUUAUGUUCUGUACCUGCACAUAAGUGACAAUUUAUCAUCAUUACUUCAAACAAUGUGUGCAUGUUUGUGUGUGUGUGUGUGUGUGUGUAUGUGUAUCUGUGAGAAUGAGAGAGAGAGAGAGAAAGAGAGAGAAUGUAAAAAAAAAAGCUCAACCUGUGUGUUAUUAUAAUUGUUUCUCUUUUCCCCCCAUUGAUGUCACAUUGAAUUCUCUCUGUGUUGUCUCCAUGAUGUCAGGUUGCAUCAGGUGUAUGUGUGUGUGUCUGAAUAGACAUGGGACUCUCGAAACAAGCUAUAUUUUGGGGAACGGAGACAGUUCAUACUUCCAAAUGUAUAUUCAGAAAAGAUCACUACAGAACACAGUUUGUAGGCCACCAUAUUUGCUGCUUGAGAGUCAGGAUGUUAUUCACGUGUUGGAGCAGAGCACUGUCUGGCCUCUGCUGAGAGCGACUGUUCUUUUUCCUGCUGCUCCACCUUGCAACACUAUGAUGCAAAUGGAAAAAAAGGUCAUUUGAUGAAGAAAACAGAUUUGACAGAUCAUCAGUGUGUUGUUUCUUUUUUUUUGUCAAAUGGAACCUUCAAUGCCACUUCACACGAACUAUUUAUGUGAGUGACUUGCAGUAAGAUUGAAAGAGGAGGCACUAGGACCUUUGGUGGAAUAAAAAUAAAACCCUAUGGAGGACCUUUAUCACUUCUUUCACACAUCAUGCGAAGGAUUUAUUAUUUUUUUUUGGAUAAAACAUGCCACUGAUCUUUCUAUUAUUAAUAAUUGAAUGAAAUGAAAUAAAAUCUGCUGCUUCAAAUGUACCGCUUUCUAACAGGAAGUAGAUCGCUAUGGUAGUGUGCAAGUGAAAUUUGCCUGUUCUACAUGCAAAUGAUGAUUGUGUAGCCAAAUAGCGAUUGGGAAAUCAUUGCAUUGUCUAAUAUUUUAAUAUUAUUACUAUUAAUAUUAUUGUAAUAAAUAUUAUUUUAAGUGUUAUUUUUGUUAUAUUUCAGAAUAGAGUUCUAGUAUAAAUAAAGUUUGUUGGUAAAUAUUGUUAUAUUUAGAAUGACAUAAAUGGCAGUUAUAUUGUAAACAGUGUUUAAAUGUUAAUAUGGUUUUAUGUUAUUAUAAUUAUUCUAUUAUCAUUAUUACCAUCAUUGCAUUUAGUUAAUAUUAAACACAGAAGCACUUGUGGGGUAUGUUUAUAUUGAGUGCCGUGCGACUACAUGUUGAUUAUUGAGUUUGUCUGUAAAUAAUAUUUUUAUUUUCUUUUUACAAAUCCACAUUUCACUUAGUUUAAAUAUGAAUGUUUUAUCUCCCUUUUCAUUUUUGUUACAAUGGUUCUUAAAUGUACUUGGCAAUUUUAUAAACCCCUGUAAUAAACUAUAAUGUGAAAAGCCACUAAAUGUGACUUUUAUUUGCUGUUGUAACUCAUAUUGGGUGGCAUAGCAGAACCGCGGGUAGCGCUGCCGCCUCAUAGCUCCAGGGUCUCUGGUUCAAAGUUCUAAGCUGGGGUUGGGUUACUGUCCAUCUGGAGUUUCACAUGUUCUCUCUGUGUCCAUUUGAGUUUCCUCCUACCUCCCAAAACAUGCCAGUAAGAUACUCUAAACUGCCUGUAGCUGUGAAUGUGUAUGUGCAUGGUGCCCUGUAAGGGACUGGUGUUCCAUCCGGGCUGCAUUCCUACCUCAGCUGUGUUUAUGCAAUAAACUGUAUUCACUGUAACUUUGAUCAAGAUAAAGUGGGUACUGAAGAUGUAUGAGGAAAAUUUUUUAACUAAUACUGUUUAACAUAGAUUUUUUUUUACACAAAUAUAUAAGAUAUUUAGAAAACAACAAAUCUGCUGCAUCAAUCAAAGAAUGAGGUUCCCUGGGAAGUUUUUUCAGCAUGCAACACAAGUUUUUGA